UCCACUGCGCUUUGGCGGAAGUUGGGAAUCCCCGAAAUUGGCUUUCCAGAAACGUAUGGACCAGCAGAAAACAUCUAUUAUCAUAAUAAAGUCUGUUAUUUCGUGGAUUCGACAGUUUCGGUUCACGGACACUUUAAAGACUUGAUAAGAUGGUGUACAUGGUGAUUGAGAAGCACACAUCUGAUCUUCUCCAUCUGAAAAGAUCACCAGGGAUCAGAUCUUGGUCUCUGUUUGUUGGGAUUGUGUCAGUUGGCCUGGCAGCAGCAUAUUACAGUUCAGACAGCGUGUUGUGGAAACUGUUUUACAUAACAGGCUGCAUAUUUGUUGCCUUACAAAACAUGGAGGAGUGGGAAGAGGUAACAUUUGACAAAAAGAAUGGUGUGAUUGAACUGAAAACCUUCAGUCUGUAUGCAGUGAUACUCACACUGUGGAAAAAAGGACAAGAAAAAGUGUUGCUGGAUUUGCGGCACUUGCGUGAUAUAAGUGUUCAAGAGGAGAAGGUGCGCUACCUGGGGACGGGUUAUGUACUGGUGCUUCGGAUGGCCACUGGAUUCUCGCAUCCUCUCACUCAGAACGCUACUCUCAGUGGACGCAGUGAUGUGGAGGCACUUUCUACACUUCUGAAGCGCUUCUUGGAACUUGAGGCUUUGCAGCAAAAUCUGACUCAGGAAGAUGAGGAUGAGGAAUGCGAUGAAGAAGACGAUGACUUCGAGCAGCUGGGGAUGGAGGGGGACGACGAGAGCAGCGAUUCAAGCGAUCAGAAUGAACAUCCAGCUCAGUGACCACUGAUCCUAUGAACCUGUUUUCGACACUGAACUCUCUUUGACCCUAAUUAACAAAACCAAACACUUAGUCUUAAAGAUGAGCAGCUACCUGAGAAUAUUUCCCUUUAUAUCAGUGCAUGAAUAUUAUAUCUGUCUUAAUGUAAUUUUGUGUCUACCUCAGUAAAGAUGCCUCACCUAGAAUCUCUGGCAAUCUCUAAAUAGGUAGUGAGUAUGGCUAAGUAGUAAUAAUAGUAAUAAUAAAUAGUAAGAAGAAGAUUGUAUAGGACAUUACAUAUAUUCCAACUGUCUGCUGAAAAGGAUUUCCGAAUCUCUGUUGCAGAAGAAAGGAUGUUCUUUUUUUUUCCUCUGGAUGAUUUAGGAAGGUAGUACUGCAUGAUUUUAAAUUUUGAUUUGAUGCACAAUCAUUCAUAAACCCUGACAUAUGUAUGGGUGCUAAAAUUUUAAGGGCUUUAAAAAACUGCUAGAAGAGUUAUGAGAUUGUGUGUAUGAUGGCAGUUGACAUUAUUAAUUCAAAAUAAUGAUUUUUGGGCUGUGUAUAUUUGUUGUAAAAUAUUUUAGCUCAAUGUGAUCAUAUUAAAAAAACCAAUUUGACGAAUAUA